UCAGGACACAGCGGAUCACGGAAAGAGCCGAAGAUGUCGGCUCGGUCAUGUGAUCAGCUGUGUCCAAUCACAGCUGAUCACAUGUAAACACAGAAAUGAGACAUGUACACUGAUCAUCAGGGCACUGAUGAUCAGUGUGCCCUGAUGAUCAGUGUGGCCCCAGAAGUGCCACCUGUCAGUGCUCAUCAGUGCCAGUGCCCAUCAGUGCCACGUGCCAGUGCCCAUCAGUGCCACAUCAAUGCCACAUAUCAGUGCAUACCAAUGCACAUCAAUGCCACAUAUCAGUGCAUACCAGUGCACAUCAGUGUCACAUAUCAGUGCCCAUCUCAGCUGCCUUUCAAUGUCACCCAACAGUGCCGCCUAUCAAUGCCAAUAAGUGCCACCUAUCAAUGCCAAUAAGUG